CGAUCAAACAAGCCACAUGCACCUCAAAAGACAAGUCUGAACCUAAAGAAUGCCAAGGAACAAGUGGAUACACAUUCCAGGAUUGUUCUAACUGCAAUCGGUGCCAAAUCACCAAACGCCAAGUUGGAAUCCAACUAUCCCGAGUUAUUGUUGGACAACAAAACACAUGUUCAAAGUCUACAAUACACAUCCAUAAUACUACAAUUGGAAGAUGUCACUGUUAAACAAAUGAUCAAUGGUGAGAAGAGAUCAUUAUUGAAACAUAUACCUGUAAAUGUUUACAAAACAAUCGUUGAGGAUACCAUCAUUAUCCAAAUUGACUACAUAUACAUCUAUACCAAUCUCCAAGAGAAGACAUCAAUCCGUAUAUAUCCAUUCCAUUAUCUCAUCUCGGAUAACUUUAACAAUCACUUUAUAAUCAAACCUUCAAAGAAUACUCCACAAGACUUAUUGGACAAGUUAGAGAUAAUACUGACAUACUAUACAAGUUAUUAUCGUGUUCCAAUGUCAAAUACCCAGAGUUAUAAUGAUAAUACUGCUCGUACAAUGGAUAAGGCAUCAACAAAGAUUGAAAGCGGAAGUAUGGCAGUGUCAAGAGGGUUGGUAUCUGGUGGAAAGUACUUUGCCAAAGGUGCAGCAAAAGUCGGAGAGAUGUAUAGGAAUAAUGCAAAGGCCUACGAAGGUCCUGAGAUGACUGAUGAUCAGAGAAGGGAGCUUGAAAACCCAGACAGUGAGGCCAACAAGUCGUUGUCCAGCUCAGAGAAGAUGGUCCAAGGUUCAAGUUGUGUCAACAGGAGCAUCUUUGGUGCUCUCAGCUUGGCAGGAUCGAAAGCUAGCGAAGCAGUCCGUAAAAGUGAUUGGUACAAAGAGAGGAAGGAGGAAGAACAGAGACAAGAGAGAUUGAAUGGCAAGGAUGAGAAAGGGGAGGCCGGGAAGAAACUAGGUGGGUCAGGUGUGAAUGCCUUGACCAAUGUACUGGGUGGACUGCAGGAGGGAGUGCUCAUAUCAGCCAGAGGAGUUCGAGAUGCAUCCGUUGAGACUACAAGACACACAAAAGGCGAUUAUGAAGCAGAGGUAUCAAAGAAGAAGUGGGAUGCAGCAGGCAACUGUACUCUGUCAAUUGUCAAUGUUCUGAGUGUUGUCAGCACUACAUGGAUAACAGCUGCACUCUAUGCAGCAGCUGGAGUGGUGUCGUAUGAUCCUGACAAGGCACAGAACCUCAUUGGAGCAUGGUGGAAGGCAGGAUGGGUGGCCGAGAAAUCAGAUCUACUCUCUGGCAGCAGGUGGUGUCCACGAUGGAUGGUCCUGAGGAAUCCAACAAUAGCCCUAUACUCCUCGCCCCUUGAUCCACCUGACAAGCCAAUCUGUUAUCACUACCUCACCAAGGUCAAGUGUGCCAAGCCUUUGCCAGAGCAACAAAGUCAACGUAGUCACUCAUUUGAAGUAGUCUCACUCUGCUCCUCCAUCUAUCUCUCAACGCUUGUACCAGAAGUAGAAUGGUGCAAUCAGACCAUUCCACAGCCACACCCAGAGACUGAGAUGACCCAGUGGAUGAACGCAAUAGCCAACCUGUCAAAGUAUGCUAAAUGCGAG